AUGGCAGGGUCAAAUUGUGAACUUGAUGAGAUAUCCCCUGCAGCAUUUUGCAGAACUGAAGGAACCCCAAUAAAGAAACAAAUGAUUCAUUUGGUGCCCAACACGCCUGAAAUUGAUAGUAAAAACCUUAUAUGGGCAAACAUUGAUCGACGUUCAGCCCAAAAGACGAUCUUUGAUUUUAUAUAUAACAACACAGAAGCUGUGAAAAUGGCAGACUGCCUCAUUUGCAACUCAAUUCAUGACUUUGAACCUGUAGCCUUCACCUUGGUUCCAAAUAUUCUUCCAAUAGGACCUCUUUUGGUGAGCAACCGACAAGGAAAUUCAACAGGAUACUUCUGGCAAGAAGACUCAACUUGCUUGAAAUGGCUAGAACAACAGCAACCUAACUCAGUCAUUUAUGUUGCAUUUGGCAGCUUCACAAUUAUAGAAAAGAUCCAAUUCCAAGAGCUAGCACUAGGACUUGAACUCACCAACAGACCGUUCUUAUGGGUUGUGAGGCCAGACAUUACUAAUGGUGCCAAUGAAGCCUUCCCAUAA